AUGGAGGCGCAGGCUGCGUGUGAGCGCAGUACCGAAAGGUCGUUUGAGACGCAGUGCAUAACGGAUGACAUCGCCGCUGUGCAGCAGCCACAGCACGCGGGUGCAAAGGAGGGUUCCCCCGUGGCUGCGUUUCAUCUUCUUGGAAAGCUGAAGGCUGUUAUUAAUGAGAUGGUGUUUGCGCUACAGGGUACGGCAAGCGCGCUUUCUGUGGACGACUGCAUCAGCGUCAUAGAAGAGGGGCUGCGGGCCCUGAAAACGAUUAAGGUUGACCGGAGAAUUGAGUGUCGCCGGCAGUUGAACCUGAACUCCACGCGCCUGGGCGGCGCCUCGCCGACAAGUCGCGAGGUGGACGACGGCGAUCACGCCGAGAGCGAAGCUGCGGUGCCGUCAAGUCUGCAGCAGCUGUGUUCACCCAAGAGCAAAAAAGUUUCUCCGAAGCGGAUGGCCAGUGAGUGGCAGAGACGCGACGAGGUUGAGGCGGCGCGGCAAGCCUCGGCUCUCCGCAGUGAGGAGCGGCAGCGCAAGGCGGAGGAGCGGCGGCUGGAAAGGCUGCAGGAGAGGAAGUCAAGGCUGGUGGCCGCCGGGGAACGAAGCUUUCAGGCUAAGCAGCGGCGUACGCAGGCCGAGGAGCGGCUGCGUAACGACACGCUGGAGCGGCAGGAGCACGGGGUCCGCCGCGUCGAGGAGGCGCGGGAGCAGACGAAGGAGCGUGCCAGGCGGGGCAAUUCACGGGUGGAGGAGGUGCGACUUAACUACGAGCUGCGGCACCAAACGAAGGCGCUAUUGCUUGAUCGCAAAAUGUCGGAGGUCGAACACAACCAGGAGCAAAAGCGGGAGGAGCUUCAGCGGAUCGCGCAGGAGCGCAACGAGGCCAUGCAGGCCGCCGCCGAACGAAGGCGAAAUCUCAGCCAAGAGCGCAUUGAGCGACAGCAGCAGCGUGAGCAGCAGCGGCGGGAGAACGUCAGACGCCUUGAGGAGCAGAAAAAGAUCGAAAAGGAAUUGAAGGAGCAACGGGUCGAAGAAUGGGAAAAAAGGGCGCAACAACGGCAAAGGGAUGCAUGCGCAGAGGCGGAGGCGCGCAGUCGGAAGGCGGAGGAACGUAUUCAACAAAGUGCCCAGUUACGGGAGGAGAAACGAGAGAUGUUGCGUCUGAAGCUUGUGAAGCAGGAGCAGAAGAUUAGAGAGGCGCGCCAGCGCAAGGAGCGUGAGGCCGACACCAAACCUACCAUCCAGGAGCUCAUGCCGGUUAUUCCACCACAGGAAGAAGAUCAAUUGGCGCAGAAAUUAGCCAAGGUGGUGGCGGCCACUGCGCGACAAGGGAAAAGUUAUAUGGAAAACUAUCAGAAGGAAAGUACCACCAGUGCAAAGGACUUAAAUCGAAGUAAGUUGAGAUCGAUCAUCAGUCGACUGGGCCCAAACACGGCACCUGCCUCACUGGUGCAGUGCCGUCAACCACUUCAUGACCUACUGGCGAUGGCGGAGUUCGCCGACACAGAUCAUGAGUACGUGCGCUACUUUAACGCCUAUGAGAGUUUAACGCGCGUGAUGAUGGAUGCUCGCCGGGCGAAUGACAUGGUGACUUUCCGCCUCGCCUGUAAUGCGCUGCUGCGCUUUCUCACCGAUGCGCAAGAGGGGAAACAGCAUGUUCUGGUAUUUAUUCGGUCGGGAGACCUCGCCCCGCUGUUAGUCUGCAUCCGUGAUGAAAUAAAGGGUCUAAAGCGUCACAGUCACUCCAUCCCACUCACAGCCUCACUUGAAAUACUACAACUCUGUUUUGAACGCAUUGGCAUAGAUGCUCAAUCAAAUGUUAAACUUAUUACGGUUCGGGAUCAGUUAUUGGCCGAUUUGGAUGCAGCAUGCAUUGAUAAGUACUGUGUUGCCGUCUCGCGGGCAUGCACGGGUGAGGAAGAUUUAGAGGUUGUCUACAGUGCGACCCGAUUAAUACAUUCCCAGGUUUGUAUUUUGAGUAAAAAGAAGGGUGAUUGCCCUGCUGUAUGGUUUCGCCAAGUAGCAUGCGCCUUCUUUACUCUGCUUGAGAAUAUAUUGACGCCUGAUGGAUGUCCUUUGAGCAAGACGAGCCCAUUGCUCAGUGCCCGGCGCAUCACAAUCGUCUUUGUCGUGUUCCGAGUCUUAAACUCUCUUGCACGUUGGCGACUGGAGAUUUUACAGGAGGUGCUACAUGACUCUCCUAUUGACAAGGCUGGCGCGAACGUUCACGUAGACCCGAAGGUUAUGUCGGCGAAAACAACAAAUGUGAUCACACAAACCGAACUGUUCCACGUGCUUAGUGGAUUCUUCGCCUAUGUUGAGGCUCAUGCCGAUUUGCUUGAGACUAUUCCUGGCGAGAGUACUACUGGGGAAGGUGUGCAUGGGACCUUCGCGAACGCAUUGAAGUUUGGCGUGACGCUGCAGCAAAUCCCGCCUUUUCCCGCCCCGCAACCCCCAAAUAGCCCCACGGCAGGGCUAACAUCCGCACAAACUCGUCAAUCCUACCAUCUACGGGCCGCACUCCACGAAUGCCUUCUUCUUAUUGGCUACCUUUGCGUACAGGACAAACAGAUUCAAGGCAUGUUUGCCUGGGGAAAGGGUAAAUCAUUACUCUCCAGAAUUCUCUCGGCCUUACCGUUUCAGUACUUUACUUCCGCAUGUCACAUUCUCUACCCCACCUUGCUUGCCAUUCUUGUGGACACGGAGGACAACCUUACCUUGGCGAAGGGGGAGAUGGACAUUAAACCACUGCUGGGCCUCGUCGAGGAGGAGUACCAGGCGCUUCCGAAGAAGGCCAAACUCUACGCACUCCAGCGACACGCGGAGUUGCAUCCAGUGCCCAAGGAGGGACAAGAGAAGGAUGUUCAGCCUCCGCGUUGGGUUGAUCUUCUUGGCGGCGACGACGAUGAUUUUUUUAUCCAUAAAAACAUUACACCAGCACCCACCCCCGCAGCAAAGGUGCAUCCUCUUUCCACACCAGAAAAGGAGAAACUUUAUAGACAGCUUAAAAACCCGGCGCUGACGCCCUCAGGGUACUUCCGGAUUGAACGACGUUUUCCUUUGGCUCUUUGGCCGUCUGUGAUGGAGCAACUAACGAGAGUGGUCAAGGAAAGCAAUAAGAGCGAGAGUGAUAAAGCAAACUAA